AUGCAAGUUGCCGCUCCUGGAUAUAUGCUUUUUCAAAAGGACAGUGACUCUUGCCAUCCCCAAUUACAUGCACGACGCCAUAUCCCUGUUACUUUCAAGCAUCUCGAUUCUUGCUUCGUUGAAGUUGAUACAAGUUGAUAUUAGAUGUAAACUUGCGUCACCCUCGGACUUUCUAGACGUGUCUAAUUCCGUCCAAUCUCUACCUACCUGUGUAACUGUGUUACCCAACUUGGGUAACCCAAAUACCUCGAAUUGGAAUUCGCUCACGCACCGACCAAUUCUAGCCCAGAAGAUGGAGAAUAUAAGCGAAAACAUGCACGAAGUUAUAUGGGCAUACUUAUUUGUGGUACAUCGCGAGCCAGUAACAAUAGAUGACUUACGCACUCAGUGAUCCCCAGAACCGCGUCUCCCGAGAGGUUUCCAUACCAAGAAACCUUCCAUCAAGCUGAAUGCAAUAUGUUACACUUAUUCGGCCGAAGUUGUUCGAGAUUGGGAAGGUAGGUAACCACUGAAAGGCCCCAAGAUAUCGCACUAAGAGACUUGGAGUCACAACUAUCUACUUACUUAGUAAAGAAGCUC